AUGUACGCCGAACAGGCCAACAAGCUCGUCGAAGAUGCCAAGCGGACUCGAGGCCUGCCCAAUCUCCCGCCGUACGCAGCAACGACCGUACGCGCAGUGACCAAAGAAGUUCGAGAUCUGGAUCGGGAAACAAACGCUCUUCUAGCGCCCUACAGCUCGGGAGACUCACAAUCCAGCGAUGGCACUCAGUUGAAAUCAUCCUUCAAUCCGGCAGAAGAUCCGUCAAUGGCAUGCGCAUUACUGGUAAACCACCUGUCCAUGCGCCGCAACAAGCGCUGUCUUCUGGCAUAUCACAAAACCCGCACGGAUAAGCUCGAGGCGAUGUGCUGGGAAGGUGUGGAUGUCGCAGAUCUGGCAUUGGCGUCUGCGCAGGCUUCAUCAUCUGGUCGCCAGGAUGGCAAUACCAGCAGCAUGAGUGCAGAAGAGGAGCAAUAUGUUCAUCGAUACAGCGAUCUCCUUGCGGCAUACAAAGGCCAGUGGACCGAUAUCGAUCUCACCGGGAGUCUGGAGCCGCCGAGGGAUAUCUUCAUCGAUGUACGCGUUUUGAAGGAUGCGGGCGAAAUUCAGACCGAGUACGGCUCCAUCACUUUGACAAAGAACAGUCAGUUCUAUGUUCGACAGGGUGACGUGGAGAGACUGAUACAGCAAGGCUAUCUUGAGCGCCUGUCAUGA